CAGAGGCCGCGACGUCCAAUCUCGGAAAGCGAGAAGUGCGCGUGCGCAGGAGCCCUCGUUCGCAUCACGGGACGAGCAUGCGUCGGAAGUACGGAAGAUCUGAGACCCAAACAGGGGACGAUAACACGCAAGCGAGCACGCGCGCUGACGCAAGAGACGGAGCGAUGAAGAAUCAUAAGUCUUUGAAGGCGCUGAGGCUUCGGCUUGUGGGAGACUGCGCGUGCGCAGUGAUUCGACUCGCGCGGGGUGGACCCUAACAAUUUAAGCGGUCUCGAAGUGGAAUCUGGGAUCAUGCGCACUGUAGUUCACUUUGAGCCCAGCUGGGACUACCGGUCCCAGAAGUCCUCGGGGCGGCCAAUCAAGUUCGCGCAUGCGUGGUGACGCAUGAGGGAGACAGUUUGUGUGCGCGGCCGCCGCCGAUCAAGCUUGGCUGCCUCGCGCCGGGCCCUUUGGGAGGCUGUCCUCCCUCCCCGGCCCUCCCGGAACUCCCACCUUCCUAGCACCCCCCCGCCUCAGGGCCCCCCGUUUCCCCUAACCCCGAGGCCGCAGGUGUCAUGGUGGGCUCCCACCUAGACAUGGCUCCAGCCCCGCCCACCGAGGGGCCCGGGGAGCAGGCGGGGCCCCCCGCGGGCCCCCCGCCGGCGCCUGCCCAGUACGAGUGCGGGGAGUGUGGCAAGUCCUUCAAGUGGUCGUCGCGGCUGCUCCAUCACCAGCGCACGCACACGGGCGAGCGGCCCUACAAGUGCCCCGACUGCCCCAAGGCCUUCAAGGGCUCCUCGGCCCUGCUCUACCACCAGCGGGGGCACACGGGCGAGCGGCCCUACCCCUGCCCGGACUGCGGCAAGGCCUUCAAGCGCUCGUCCCUGCUGCAGAUCCACCGCAGCGUGCACACGGGCCUGCGCGCCUUCACCUGCGCCCAGUGUGGCCUGGCCUUCAAGUGGAGCUCCCACUACCAGUACCACCUGCGCCAGCACACGGGCGAGCGGCCCUACCCCUGCCCGGACUGCCCCAAGGCCUUCAAGAACUCGUCCAGCCUCCGCCGGCACCGGCACGUGCACACGGGCGAGCGGCCCUACCCCUGCGGCGUCUGCGGCAAGAGCUUCACCCAGAGCACCAACCUGCGGCAGCACCAGCGGGUGCACACGGGCGAGCGCCCCUUCCGCUGCCCGGCGUGCCCCAAGACCUUCACGCACUCCUCCAACCUGCUGCUGCACCAGCGCACCCACGGGCCGGCCGCGGCCACGGCCUCCGCCCACCGCUGCGAGCCCUGCGGGAAGGUCUUCGCCUCCGAAGCCUACCUCCAGCGCCACCUGCAGACACACGCCUCCGAGGCCCCCCCUCCGCCGCCGCCCCCGCCCCCCCCUCCCCCCGUGGUCCCCGAGCUCUUCCUGGCGGCGGCCGAGACCACCGUGGAGCUGGUCUACCGCUGCGGGGGCUGCGAGCUGGCCUUCGCCAGCGAGACCCUCCUCCUGGAGCACCAGCCGUGCCCGGGGCCCGGGGUGGAGGCGGCCGCGGCCCAGCCUGCCCCCUUCACCUGCUCGCCCUGCGGCAAGGCCUUUAAGACGGCCGCCGGCCUGUCUCGGCACCAGCAGAGCCACGGGCCGGCCGCCGCGGCGCCCUCCUACCGCUGCGGCGGCUGCGACCGGGCCUUCCCCCAGCUGGCCAGCCUGCUGGCCCACCAGCGGGCCCACGCCGAGGAGGCGGCGGCCGGGCGCCCGCUGCCGCAGGCCGAGGCGGCCGAGGUCACCUGCCCGCAGGAGGCCCCGGCCCCGGGCCCGGCCCCGGCACCACCGGGCGACCGGCCCUACAAGUGCGCCGAGUGCGGCAAGGCCUUCAAGGGCUCCUCGGGGCUGCGCUAUCACAUGCGCGACCACACGGGCGAGCGGCCCUACCCCUGCGGGGAGUGCGGCAAGGCCUUCAAGCGCUCGUCCCUGCUGGCCAUCCACCAGCGGGUCCACACGGGCCUGCGCGCCUUCACCUGCGCCCAGUGCGGCCUGACCUUCAAGUGGAGCUCCCACUACCAGUACCACCUGCGGCUGCACUCGGGCGAGCGGCCCUACCCCUGCGCCGAGUGUGGCAAGGCCUUCCGCAACACCUCCUGCCUGCGGCGCCACCGGCACGUGCACACGGGCGAGCGGCCGCACUCCUGCGGCGUCUGCGGCAAGAGCUUCGCGCAGACCUCCAACCUGCGGCAGCACCAGCGGGUGCACACGGGCGAGCGGCCCUUCCGCUGCCCGCUCUGCCCCAAGACCUUCACGCACUCCUCCAACCUGCUCCUGCACCAGCGCACCCACUCCGCCGAGAGGCCCUUCGCCUGCACCGUCUGCGGCCGGGGCUUCGUCAUGGCCGCCUACCUCCAGCGCCACCUGCGGACGCACGCCCCGGCCCCCCCGGCCGCGGCGCCCCCGGCCGCGGCCCCCGCCGCCACCCAGGACGUCCACGUCGUGCCCCACCUGCAGGCCACCCUAUCUCUGGAGGCGGGGCCCGGCCCGGCCAACCCGGCCAACUCACAGACCUUCCUGCUGGUGCAGACGGCCCAGGGGCUCCAGCUCAUCCCCAGCAGCGUCCAGCCCCCCAGACCCACGCCGCCUCCGCCCCCACCGGCCCCUCCCAAGGUCAUCCUGCUGCCCGCCUCCGGGGCUGGGUCCCAGAAGGGUCCGAAGAACGGUGGGAGGGCAGACCAAGCGCCCGGGAUGGUCUGGCUCCCCGGUCCCGGGCCGGUCGGGGGACAGGGAGGUGGGGGCAACGUCGCCGGAGGCGGGGGCCAGAGCCUCAUCGUCCUACAGAGCGUGGCCGGCGGAGAGGUGGGGCCGCAGGACACCGGCGGGGUUCGGCUGCAGUCGCUCCGGCCGGCCCAGGAAGUCACCACGGUCCAACUACAGCCCGCCCAGGAAGUCACCACGGUCCAGCUGCAGCCCCUCCAGCCGGCCCAGGAAGUCACCACGGUCCAGCUGCAGCCCCUUCAAACGUCCCAGGAAGUCACCACGGUCCAGCUGCAGCCCCUUCAAACGUCCCAGGAAGUCACCACGGUCCAGCUGCAGCCCCUCCAGCCGGCACAGGAAGUGACCACGGUCCAGCUGCAGCCCCUCCAGCCAGCACAAGAAGUGACCACGGUCCAGCUGCAGCCGCUGCCCCCCACCCCAGAUGUCUCCCUGCAGCUCCAGCCAGUGGCCGGCCCACUGGCCAGCCCCGGGGGGUCCGGUGGGCCGGCAGAGGGUCCCAAUCUGUUUGUGGUGCAGGGCGGGCCGGGGGACGAGCUGCUGGCUGGCCCCGGGCCCGGGGGAGAAGGGGGCUCGGGCGAUGGGGGCGGGGGCGGCGGAGGGGCCGUGGUUCAGGAUGUGCACUUCGAGACCCUGCAGACGGCGGAGGGCCUGCAGAGCGUCCUGGUUCUGAGCGGGGCCGAUGGCGAGCAGACCCGGCUCUGCGUGCAGGGGGUCGAGACCCUCUCCCCGGGCCUGGCAGAGUCGUCCGCCCCGGGCCCCCAGGGUCAGAAACUUCUCAUUAUCCGCAGCGCCCCCUCGGCUCCUUCGGACCUGGUGGAGAGCGUGCCGGGCCCUCCCCUCCAGCUGUUGGCCCCUCCACCCAGCCCGGCGCCCGGGGCCGCCCCCGGGCCCAGCCCACAGGUGGUCCAGGUGGUCCCUGGUUCGGGGCCCGGGCCCGCGGGUACGGCUGGCCAGCCGGCUUUGCCUUCCAUUCACAUAGUGCAGGCCCUGCCGGCCGUGCAGCUGGUGCACACCUUCUGAGCGUCGGCCGGCCUCCGCCUCGGCCUCGGCCGGGGGCCCAUGUACCAAUAAAGAGAGAUCUCCUCCGCCCCUCUCCCCUGGUCGUCUUCAU